AUGGAGCUCUGGGGGAUCGCCGGCUGCUCCCUGGUGGUGCUGAUGAUAGUCGCUGCGCUGCUGUCCAACGGCGUGGUGCUGAUCUGCUUCCUGAGCUCCUCCGACAUCCGCGGCCAGGUCCCGGGACUCUUCACCCUCAACCUGACCCUCUGCAACCUGCUGCUGACCGUCAUCAACAUGCCCCUGAGCCUGGUCGGAGGGAUCCGGGGCCACCAACCUGGAGGGGAAGGUCUAUGCCGGGCUGUGGGCUUCUUGGAAACUUUCCUGACCACCAACUCUAUGCUGAGUAUGGCUGCCCUGAGCAUUGACCGUUGGGUGGCCGUGGUCUUCCCUUUGAGCUAUCACUCCAAGAUGAGGUACCAGGAUGCUGCUCUUAUCCUCCUCUACUGCUGGAUCCACUCCCUGUCCUUCCCUACUGUGGCCCUGUGCCUGUCCUGGGUGGGCUUCCACCAGGUGUAUGGUUCCUGCACCCUCUAUGACAAGGAACCUGAGGAGCAGGACUCCUUUGUGGCUUUCAUUGUGUCCUUCCACCUGCUCAGCUAUCUGCUGUCCUUCCUGGUCCUCUGUGUCACUUACCUGCAGGUGCUGAAGGUAGCUCGCUCCCAUUGCAGGAGGAUUGAUGUCAUCACAAUGCAGACUCUGGUGCUCUUGGUGGACCUGCACCCCAGUGUGAGGCAGAGAUGUCUGGAAGAGCAGAAGAGGAGGAGGCAAAGAGCCACCAAGAAAAUCAUCACAUAUAUUGGAACAUUUCUGCUUUGUUUUACUCCAUAUGUAGUUACCAGGUUGGUCGAGAUUUCCUCUUCCACCAUCAUAAGUCCUCAAUGGGGCAUCAUAAGUCGAUUUCUGGCCUACAGCAAAGCUUUGUCGGAUCCAUUUGUGUAUUGUUUAUUACGGAACCAGUAUAAGACCUGCUGUCGGGACAUGCUCAACAAACUGUUGAAACGCAGCUCUGGAAAUUCCUCUGCGCGUAGGGUCAACUCUUACGUAGGACAUUUGGUGCCAACCACUUCUGAUUAA